GAAGCCCGGUGGCCGUUAGUGGGAGAAGAUUGAGCGAUAUGGAUUUUAUCCGAUAUUCUGCUAAUUUUCUCAUCGAUGAAACACUUGAUCUCAAUACAGGUUUCUGUUACAAAAACUUGAAUAUUUUACGAACAGAGUGGACUAAGUUUUUGUAGACAUUACCCUUUGCCAAAGUUUUUUAAAAAUUGCGUUGUUUACAAGGUGUGAAAGGGCGAAUUGCGAUAUUGCACACGCGCCUUUCACAUAGUAGGCGUUCCCUAACGAAAAUAUGCUAAUAACUGCUAUAACACACCAAUAGGAUCUCGCUAUCCCGGUACUUGGUUCUGCCCACUAUGAUUCGUUUUCUACCUUCGGAAACGACAGGCGGUGGUUUAUCUUGGGUCAGUUAUAAACCAACUUUACAGUGACAUUUUUAGCAGCUUGCUUCCUGGUUUGUUUUAUUACACCUUUUGUCGUGGUCUUGCUGUGACUAUCACAUACCAGGGACUAGUUGUGAAAUCACUCCACUGAUAUCUCCAGUGAGUUUAUACAAGUCAGAAAAUAGCCUGCUGUGACUUUCUUUGGCUAAUACUGUGCAGAUGCCACCACUGGCAAGGGCGAGUGGCAAAGGGACGAAAAGGCCCAAGCUAGACUGGAGUUUUGUCCAGAGGUUCUGCAGCAUCCAGAGGGUUCUCUUCCCAUCAUGGUCCAGUCAGAACGUACUGAUGUUGGGGACGUUGGUGGGAGUCACACUCACAGAACAGCUGAUCAUUUACCAAGUGGGAGUCAUCCCCAGUCAGUUCUACGAGGUCCUGUCUGACAAGGACUAUGGUGCGUUCAAGAACCUCGCAGGGUUGGCCUUCCUGCUUAUACUGCUCAACUCCACAUUGAAGAGUGUGGACCAGUAUAUCUGCAGUCUGAUGUCUGUGAGUUGGAGGAAGUCUUUAACAGAGAGUCUCCACAGAGCUUACUUCCAGGGGAACGUUUACUACACUCUCAACGUGCUCAGAGAGGACAUUGAUAACCCAGACCAGCGGAUCAGUCAGGACACAGAGAUCAAUGUACCCAGAGGAGGACGGGAGGAGAAUAUUGAGGAAAGAAAGAAGAGGAAGUGGGAGGAGACGGAGAAGAAAAGAGGAAGUGGGAGGAGACGGAGAAGAAAAGAGGAAGUGGGAGGAGACGGAGAAGAAAAGAGGAAGUGGGAGGAGACGGAGAAGAAAAGAGGAAGUGGGAGGAGACGGAGAAGAAAAGAGGAAGUGGGAGGAGACGGAGAAGAAAAGAGGAAGUGGGAGGAGACGGAGAAGAAAAGAGGAAGUGGGAGGAGACGGAGAAGGAAAGAGGAAGUGGGAGGAGACGGAGGAGAAAAGAGGAAGUGGGAGGAGACGGAGAAGAAAAGAGGUACUCAGCAGCAGAAUUUGGCUGGCCAUGUUCAGUGA